AGGGAAGCUGGAGGAGAGUGGGGGCAGGAAGGCCCCACACACACACGGCCUGGCGCCCCGCCCCACCUCGCCUGGCUGAGGUCGGGAGCAGCUGGAGGCCAGGCGUGGACAAAGAGAGGGGAAGGGCCAGGUGCAAGCCAGGCAGGUGCCCGCUGCAGGGUGUAGAGGUGGCAGAGGGAGCGCGCCGCCCGCCGGGAGUGCUGGACCACCGACUGCCCACCCCACUGGGAGGAAGGGAGGCUUCGGGAGGCCAUCAAGGAGGAGUCGACCAAGACAUUGGACCAGACCUAAGGAGAGUACUCCCACUGCAAGAGCCACAGCGUUCAUCAUGGCUUCAGUGUCUACUCAUGGAAACCAGGAGAAAGGGCACCAUGCGCCCCCGCUGAGCAAGCAGAGCCUGUUGUUUUGUCCAAAAUCGAAACUGCACAUCCACAGAGGAGAGAUUGCAAAGAUUAUCCGAGAGUGUCAAGAAGAAAGCUUUUGGAAGAGAGCCCUGCCGUUUUCUCUCGUAAGCAUGCUCGUCACCCAGGGACUCGUCCACCAAGGUUACUUAGCAGCUAAUCCACGGUUUGGAUCGCUGCCUAAAGUUGCACUCGCUGGCAUCUUGGGAUUUGGCCUUGGGAAGGCGUCGUACAUAAGAGUGUGUCAGAGCAAGUUCCAUGCCUUCGAAGACCAGCUCCGCGGGGCCGGCUUCGGCCCAGAGCACAACAGGCACUGUCUGCUUACCUGCGAGGAAUGCAAAAUAAAGCAUGGAUUAAGUGAGAAAGGAGGUUCACAGCCUUCAGCUUCGUAAACUCUGUGUCUAUGACUUUUGAAGUUUUUAAAAACGCUGAAUUUGUACACAUUGAAAAUUUCGAGUAUACUUUAAUAAUUAUACUUCUAGUGGAACAAAA